AUGGCGCCACGCAUCUUCCAACUUGCCGGCUCAUGCAACCACUAUCCGUGGGGCAAGAAAGGAACAGAUUCCUUGGCCGCGAGACUCUGCGCAAACACACCCGACACAGGAUUCGAAAUUGACGAUGGUGAAGUGUACUCAGAGAUGUGGUUCGGUGAUUAUCCUGACUUUCCGGCCAAGUGGGUUGAGUCUGGUGUGCCGCUGGCGGAUAUUCUAAGGACGGACCCCGACGGACUUCUGGGCAAGCAUGUGGCGCAAGAGUUUGAUGGGCAACUCCCGUUUCUCCCAAAGUGCGACCCCAAGAGAUUCACCGACCCGAACCACAAACCCGAAAUAGCCAUCGCACUCUCCAAGUUCGAAGUAUUCGCCGGCUGGAAACCGCUUUCUGUUAUUUCCGUACUCCUCAACAUUCCCGCUCUUCGCCAAUUUAUACCAGAAGGUACCACGUCCUGGACAAACAACACGCUGAGAGAAGUAGUGCGCGGGCUCCUAAAGGCAGACGAAAAGUUGGUGCGGGAAGUCGAAGAAAAUCUGAAGCGACAUCCGAGGAGCGAGCUGGAGCAUGUCCAUCAACAGGGUUACAUACUAGACUUGCUUCCGCGCCUGCAAGAACAGUACGGGUCUACCGAUCCGGGGAGCCUGGUCGCCCUUCUGUGUAUGAAUUAUAUGGUUCUUGAGCCUGGAGAUGCGCUUUUUAUCCCUGUUGAUGGGAUUCAUGCGUAUUUGUCUGGUGACAUCAUUGAGUGCAUGGCACGGUCCAACAAUGUCUUAAAUAGCGGGUUCUAUCCGCGGGCUGAUCGUGAUAACAUUGAUCUAUUCGUCGAGACGUUGGCCUUCUCCUCGCUGUCAGAGAAGGAUAUCACCCUCCGCCCGAAGCGCUGCGAGGAUGGUGCUGAGGGACACACAGUUAUCUAUGAGCCUCCGAUCAGGGAAUUUUCCAUGCUCAGAGCAGAUUUGGGGGGAAACUCGGAAGAGUGUAUCCGAGGACAGGAGGGCCCUAGUGUUGCCAUCCACGAGAUCCAUCAUCCAUCCACCAAAGGGUCGACGCCUCUGGUCGAAAGGCUCCAGAAGCUAGAACCCCGAUUGCGCAAGAUUGUGGCCAUCACCGGCCUACCCGGCUGUUCGAUCGGGGUCAUUCACAAAGGAGUCGAGGUGUGGAAAAUCAACUUGGGCUACCGCGAUGUUGAGAAGAAGUUACUACCUGAGUCCGACACCGUAUUUCACCUCAACUCGCUGACGAAAAGCGUCACUGCAGCCGCUUUUGCUUGUCUGGUGCAGGAUGGCAAAAUUACCUGGGAGACACCCAUCAGGUCCAUCCUUCCAGAGUUUGCCGAGGGAUCCGACGAGAUGGACCGGGACAUCAAUGCCAUAGACCUACUGUCCAUGCGCUCAGGACAUCAGUCUCUAGGCUGUCUUCCCUGGCAGGGGAAUAACAUCGUGCUUCUCGAUAAGCGCGAUACCAUCAAAUUCUGGAAUUCGACACCUCGCGCGGGAAGUUUUCGGAGCUUCUUCAGUUAUAAUAACUGGGGAUACGGAGUCAUUACUCUGGUGAUUGAGAAGCUGUCGGGACAACCUCUGCACCAGUUCUUCCAACAGCGGAUAUUCGACCCGUUGGGCCUAAAGCGUACGAAAAUGCAAGACUCCAUCCCGUUUGACAACAGCGCUCUCUCGUACGCCAUGCUGGAAGAUAGAUCUCCAGUGCGCGUCCCGGAGCCCACCAUUGGCGCCGGAAUCUUCACCGAGGGCGGUUCGGGCGUGCUCUCGACCAUCGACGACAUGCUAGUCCUCUACCGCAAAUACCUCGAGGCUAUCAAAGACCAGCCCCUGUCAGGCAAAACGACUACGCCCGGUAACCCUUUCGUUCGCUGCACCACCCUUGUGGCGCCUCAUAACUUCCUGCCAGCAAAGUCGUCCAUUCUUCGGGAGCAGUCGUACGGCUGUGGCUGGAUCCGUUGUCAGCUUCCAGGGCCCCUGGGUAUGAUUGGCAUGAAUAACGACUUUGGCGAAAUGCCUCAUGUACUAGAAGGGGGGCCCUCGCAUCUAUGUCUCUACCACAUGGGCAUGAUGGUUGGCUCUACCUCCAACAUCGCUUUGAUCCCGGAAACGGACACAGUGGUAUCCCUGUUAGCUAACGCGUCGCCGCUCGGAGACGGUACGGAUUGGAUGUCGCAGAUGAUCAUAGAGGAAAUUUUCGACCCGCCGACCAGACACAAUUUUGAGGAGUAUGCUGAAAAAGUCGCAUCCAAAAUGUUGAAUCAUAUACCCUCGUUGGGAAGAGAACUUGAGGAAAGACGUGUGUCCGAUACGAAGCCCUCUUUCCCACUUGAAGCGUACACGGGGUUGUUUAUUCACGACAGGACGCCGUUCAAGAUUGACAUCCGGCUUGACAAAGAGAAGGACGGCCUAACCAUUACAUUCAUGGGGUACGAAGUCGAGACUUACGAGCUGCGGCAUUACCAUUAUGAUACAUUUACGUGGUAA